AUGUUGCGGACAUCGCUUCGAUCCGUGAGGGGCCUGAGCAGCAGGUCUGUCGCUGCUGCUUCGGGCCGUCAAUGGCAAGCAGCGGCGGCUGCCCGACCUGCUGGGCUCGUCGCAAGGAGAUACUUUGCCGACGAGAAGACACCAGCCUCACAAGUUCCUAAACCUCCGGCCUCAGAGACGAACACGUCGCCUUCAAGCCAGACGCCUCCUCCACCUCUUGAGGACAGCAUCGACGCCAAAACCAUACCCGCCGAGAAUGUGCCAUUGACACCCCCAGCUCCUGAGGACCUCGGUGCUGUCACGAAGGAAGAGAAGGCCGUUCCGCCCCCGCCUCCACCGCCUCCUGCCGGCAGGGGCUUCUUCAGAAGUCUACGAAACUAUGUCCUGACCCUCGUAAUACUUGGUGCCGUCGCCUUUGGCGGUGGUGUUUGGUACUCCCGCAUCAACGACAGCUUCCACGACUUCUUCACGGAGUACAUUCCCUACGGUGAACAGGCUGUUCUGUACUUGGAAGAGGCAGACUUCCGGAAACGCUUCCCCAACAUCUCAAACCGCGGCACCGGUUCGCGACAACGUGACACUGGCGAGGCGGUGCGAAUCCCAGCCCAGAGCGGUAUGUCGUGGAGGGUGGCCGACAGCGGUGAGCCAGCUGGGAGACAGUCCAGCGCUGUUGACAAGACGGCCGCAGCGAAGAAGGAGGCAAAGGCAAAGGAGUCUAAGCCUAAGGCAGAGCCUAAGGCGGAUGCUCCUAGGCCUGAGGAACCCAAGAAAGCUGCCCCUGUGGCCGCUGCUCCUGCUCCUGCUGCUGCGACCUCUGACUUCAAGCCGCCAGAGGUCAACGAGCCUUCUCGGUUCCCACCAGCUGCCCCUCUCGAGCCCAUCUACUUCCCCAAUGUGAACGAACCCGUGGUCCAGGAUCUGGCACACAUGCUGAACGAUAUCAUUGCCGUGAUCAACGCCGACGGUGCGCACAGCAAAUACGGCUCCAGUAUUGAGAAGGCCAAGGGUGAGCUCAAGAAGGUCACGGCGGAGAUCGACAAGAUCAAGGCUGCGGUUGAGGCAGAUGCUGCAUCUAGGGUCAAGACGCGCGUUGAAGAAUUCGACAAGGCCGCGCACGACCUCGUGACUCGCGUCGAGUCUGCCAUGGCCUCGCAGGAAGCUGGAUGGCAGCGCGAAUUCGCCGAGGAGAUGAAGAGGAUCAAGGAGGUUCACGAUCAGCGCAUCAAGGUCGCGAUUGACCGGGAGCAGCAGAUAAACGAGGAGCGACUCAACAACAAGCUCCUGGAGCAGGCCAUCGAGCUCAAGCGAUUGUUCGCCAAGGAGAUUCAGCAGCGCGUCGAAGAGGAACGAGAUGGCAGGCUGGGCAAGCUGGAACAGCUGUCCAAGUCCGUCAAGGACCUUGAGAACCUGGCCGGCGGCUGGAACGAGGUCAUCGACACGAACUUGCGAACGCAACAGCUCCACGUGGCCGUGGAGGCCGUCCGCGCUAGCCUGCAGGACUCGGCGCACCCACGACCCUUUAUCAAGGAGCUGGUCGCUCUGAGAGAGAUUGCAGCGGACGACGCGGUCGUCAAUGCCGCCAUCGCGUCUAUCAACCCUACGGCGUACCAGCGCGGCAUCUUCUCGCCGCAGGACCUGACCGACAGAUUCCGACGCGUGGCAACCGAGGUGCGGAAGGCCUCACUCCUGCCAGAGGACGCCGGUGUCGCCAGUCACGCCUCUAGCUUGCUGCUGAGCAAGGUGAUGUUCAAGAAGCAGGGCCUGGCUGCUGGUGAUGACGUCGAGAGCGUUCUCACCAGGACUCAGACGUUGCUUGAGGAGGGCGACCUGGACGGCGCUGCGCGAGAGAUGAAUGGGCUGACGGGCUGGGCGAAGACGCUGAGCCGGGACUGGCUGGGUGAGGUAAGGAAGGUGCUGGAGGUGAGGCAGGCUUUGGAGGUUAUCCAGACGGAGGCGAGGCUACAGAGCUUGAAGGUGGAGUGA